AUUUUACAGAGAAGCCGUUACUCUGCCACCGUUAACAAUGAGUUCUAGAAAGAAGGUUUUGUUGAAGGUUAUCAUCCUCGGUGAUAGUGGUGUCGGAAAGACAUCAUUGAUGAACCAAUACGUAAACAAGAAAUUCAGUAAUCAAUACAAGGCUACAAUUGGUGCUGACUUUUUGACCAAGGAAGUUAUGGUUGAUGACCGUCUUGUUACUAUGCAAAUUUGGGAUACUGCUGGUCAAGAACGUUUCCAAAGUCUUGGUGUUGCCUUCUACAGAGGAGCUGACUCGUGUGUUUUAGUUUUUGAUGCCACAGUUGCCAAGACAUUUGAAAAUAUUAACUCUUGGAGAGAUGAAUUUUUGAUUCAAGCUGGUCCACCAGAUCCAGAUAACUUCCCAUUCGUUGUUAUUGCCAACAAAAUUGAUCUCGAUCAACGUAUUGUACCACAAAAGAGAGCUCUCGCUUGGUGCAAGGCUAAGGGUAACAUUCCAUACUUUGAAUGUUCUGCCAAAGAAGGAACCAAUGUCGAACAAGCUUUCCAAACUAUUGCUAGAAACGCUUUAGGAAAAGAAGAAGAUACACCUUACACUGGAGGUCAAAGUAUUACUGAAUUCCCAGAUGAACCUCAACCAAAGAAAUCAGGAUGUUGUGGAUAAUCUAGUUGUGACCAAAAAAUCAUUUUUGAAGAUUUACUAAACUCUCUGUACAUAAAUAUUUAAAAUUCUUUCUC